AUGAAGAAAAAGGUGUUAUUGAUGGGGAAAAGCGGGUCGGGGAAGACAAGUAUGAGAUCAAUAAUAUUUGCCAACUACAUCGCCAGAGAUACCAGGCGACUGGGUGCUACAAUUGAUGUUGAACACUCCCAUGUCCGUUUCCUGGGCAACUUGGUCCUUAACUUGUGGGAUUGUGGAGGGCAGGAAGCGUUCAUGGAGAACUACUUUGCAUCACAACGGGACAAUAUCUUUAGAAAUGUGGAAGUCUUGAUAUAUGUCUUUGAUGUUGAAAGCAGAGAGAUGGAGAAAGAUAUGCACUAUUAUCAGUCAUGUUUGGAAGCUAUAUUACAGAAUUCACCAGAGGCACGAAUAUUCUGUUUGGUACACAAAAUGGACUUGGUACCAGAGGAGCAACGUGAAGAGAUCUUCAAAGAGAGAGAGGAGGAUUUAAAGAGGUUAUCUAAACCACUUGAGUGCACCUGCUUUCGAACUAGUAUAUGGGACGAGACAUUAUACAAAGCAUGGUCCAGCAUAGUAUACAAAUUAAUACCUAAUGUUAAAGCAUUAGAGUCGUCAUUGAAACAGUUCGCUGAAAUUGUGGACGCUGAUGAGGUGUUACUUUUCGAGCGGGCCACGUUCCUGGUCGUGUCUCACUGCCAACAGCGACCGCACCGUGACGCCCAUCGCUUCGAAAAGGUCUCGAACAUCGUCAAACAAUUCAAGCUCUCUUGUUCUAAGCUCGCUGCACAAUUCCAGAGCAUGGAGGUCCGCAACAGCGUAUUCGCAGCAUUCAUAGAUGGCUUCACAAGCAACACAUAUGUGAUGGUCGAGAUGUCCGACCCCAAAAUACCUUCGGAAGCUACUUUAAUCAACAUCAGAAAUGCGCGGAAACACUUUGAAAAACUAGAGAAAGUGUCAUCUAGUGCCCCAAGCCAGUACCAAUGA